AUGAGCAACCAUUCAAAGGCCGAAAAUGUUUACUCCUUAAACAGCGAGUCCAUGCUGAAGACAAUGGCCGAGAUCAAGGCCAAGUUCAAACUGGCGGCCACGCCAACUGAAAUCGCCAGUUUAAUCGAGCAAAUCGACUCUACCGUGUCCCAGAUUGACACAACUUUGCAUAACUACACAACUUUGAACAGGCAGCGACUACAGCAGGACAUCACAAACAUCGAGUCCUUGCGAACCAGCAAGUUAUCACCAACCAUCACCGAGUCAGCAGCGCUCUUGAACAUUUUCGCAGCAGCGGAUGAAUUGGGCCACCAGCUAACAUUCAAAAUCAAGUCCUUGGAUGAAGAGAUUGGCAACGUGAACAAGACACUUAAAUAUGUCGAAGACAUGCAGUUACUCAAAACAAACAUCAACCAGAUCAGCUAUGCCAUAGAGCACAAGAAUUGGGAGCUGGCGGCUAGGUGCAUACACACGAUUCAGACCAAAAUCCCCAAGGAGUUGAUACUGAGUGAGUUUGCAUCGGUGGUGAUACCGUCGACGGAGAUCCCCGAGCUUCCACAAAUGAGCAUCGCCAAGUGGACUGACCAACUCACCGAAGUAUUCAAGAGCCAAUUCACAGACGCCGCGAAAAGGAGAGACGUGGAGAAGCUCACCAUGUAUUUCCAGCUAUUCCCCUUGCUAGAAAAGGAGGAAGUAGGGCUCACCUGCUACGCCAAGUUUAUAUGUGAAAUCAUCAACGAGUCGCUGAAGAACCUCACCUCGACUGUCAACAACAUCCACCUGAACGACUUGAAGCCCGGCAUCUUCUCCAUCGUCACCAUGCAGUUGUUUGAAAACGUCUCGAUGAUGUUGUCGCAGCAUGGGCCGUUGAUCAAGAAAUACUAUAUUCUGACCUACCCCGACGCGUUGACUUUUGUCAUUAACAAACUUCAACGCGAGGUUGACCUCCAGAUUGGGAUCAUCGCCGACACGUUUUACGACGCGCGCCGAUUGGAAAAGGUUUUCCAGGAUAUCGAGCUAUAUAGCUUCCCCAUUCUUUCCAAGAGAUUAAAAGAGACGCACGAGCACGAGCCUAGCGCGAUGAACAACGAGGAUGUGGCUGACGACGAGUUUCUACCAAUUCGAUUCAUUGGAGAUCUUUGCCUGGAACUAUCCUCGAUUCUACAAAGUUGGUCGCUAUAUUGCAAAUUCAUCGCCAUCAAGUAUUUCAACACUAGCAGCGACUCGGGGUUGCCUGUCCCUGAAAUCAUACUAAAGUCCAAUUUCACGAAAAAAGUAAAUGAAAAACUCCUACCAUCGUUUGAAAAAUUGUAUCGGUUCUAUUUCCGUCGCUCGUUUGAAAAAUCAAUCUCGAUCGAGGAGCUUCCCUCGCUAGAGCCCUACCUCCUCGUCACCUCAACAUCGACAUCGACAUCAACCACAAAAUCGAAAUCGCCAGAGCAGGUGCCGGUCUCCUCCGUGGUCGAGGACUUGACUUUGAUUUUAAACAACACAUUGAGAAACGCCAUCCACAGCGGAUUUCCCCUGGCUGUGAAAAGUUUCAUUGUGGAAGCAUUCAACGUGGUUCAGCAAGAUUUAAUUAAUGGAUUCUUCAUAAAGAACCUCAAUGAAAAUCUGCCUAAAUACAACCAUGCAUUAACCUUGAUUACCCCGGAAACAAAAGAGAGCAACGUAGCGGGCCCCGGUGGCCUCACCAGUCCCAGAGGAUCACGAAGCGGGACCCCAGAGCCCAUCUCAAAUGCUCGGUUCUUUAGAGGAGCAUCUAGCGCAUUUGAAAGUGUCGUGAGCGGCUCCGGUGCCAUUGUCGGUAGCUUGCAGACAAUGUCCACGGGCAACAGUACCAGGUUAAUGAACUUCAUAGUCUAUCUCAACUCAAUCGGCGUGGCGCAGGAAUACUUCAACAAAGUAGUCAACAACAUCAUCAAUUCCAAGGACAACGGCGCGCUCAUCCACAGUAGUUUCCCAUUCAACAAGGACUCGGAAAAGAUUGUCGUUAUUAUAUCGCAAGACUUUUUAUCGCCAUUUGAGCGCGUCACGGGCAAGAUCCUUAAUGAGAGCGUGAUUAAUUUAUAUAACCAGUCGAUAAAGCAGAGGCUCUCAAUUUUGAUAAGCGAGCUCAUCACCGACGCUUCAAACUCAAACUACAUUCUCCAUUCAUCAAGUCAAAUCAACGACCCUUCGAUCCUCAUCAGCUUCAAAUCCAACUGGUCGAGCAUCACAAAGCCAUACUUGCAAACUUUACACCCGUCCAUAUGGAACAGACUUCUCCGGUUGAUCGUUGUCAAUUUAGCCAGCUUGAUUGAAAGAAGGCUCCAUCUGGUAUUGAAGAGAUUCCAAAUCAACGAGAUGGGCGCCAUCAAGUUGGAAAAAGAUUUGAGUUUUGUAAUCAACGAGGUGUGUCAGGAUAACUACCAUUUGAGGGAAAAAUUCGUUAGAUUGACUCAAUUGGUCUUGUUGGUGAGUAUGGAUGAUGAUGAAUACGAGGAAAGCAGCGAGCCGGAUUUGACCCAUGCUGAAAAGGAGCAAUCGCCAAAGACCGAUGAUGGCGAUGGAGAUGAAGAGAUGGGCGGUAUAAAUUGGGUCUUGACUCCUCACGAGCGCGACCAGAUUCGCCAAUACAGAGCCUGA